GGGCCUUUCUCCUCCCCUUUUCCGGGACGCUGGCGCCAUAGGAGGGUGGUUUUUCGUGCUCGCGAAUCCGAGUCUUUGGGAUCGUCGGAAAGGAGAACCUCGAGUCGAGAACGCCCGCGACCAAGAUCUCCUUCCGUAGGGUUGGCGCGGGGGAAUGGUCGCGAUCGUAAAGCCCGUUUCUCGAAGAAGACGAUCGGGCGAUGAAACGUCUCCACGGUCGUUUUCGAUUCGACGCGGCACGAGUUACCGUUAGUCGAGGAGACGUCGUCCCGGCCCGGGCGGAUCCGUGGAGACGAUAAAAGGCGACUUUCCACAGAGUUCGGAGUUUCGGGUAUCGAGCGAACCCGCGAGUAGGAGCCGGUGGAGGAGCCGACGGAGGAGCAUGGGGGAGCUGCGAGAAAACGACCCGAAGACGGCCGCCGAGUCGAAAGCGGCGACCAACGGAUGGGGCGACACCAUGGGCAAGAUCCAGUACUGGCAUCCAGAAGGUCAGCAGGGUCAGCAGAGCGAGCAGGAGCUAGCGACGAAGAUGCUACAGAUACAGAGCAAGAGAUUCUACCUUGACGUCAAACAAAACAGACGCGGGAGAUUCAUCAAAGUCGCCGAGAUCGGAGCGGACGGCAGGAGGAGUCAAAUUUUUCUGGCGCUUAGCACGGCAUCAGAGUUUCGGGGCCAUCUCUCGACGUUCAGCGAUUUCUACGCAUCUUUAGGUCCCCCCAAUCCUGACAACGUGCCGGACGAUGGGAAACUGAAGUCGGAAAUGAUGAUGAAGGACAACAGGCGGUACUAUCUGGACCUCAAGGAAAAUUCUCGUGGGCGUUUCCUGCGGGUGAGUCACCCUGUCUCGCAAACGAUAACCCGAGGAGGGCCCAGAUCGCAGAUCGCGAUACCGGCCCAGGGCAUGAUCGAGUUCCGCGACGCCCUGACCGACCUCCUCGAAGAGUUCGGCACCGACGAUGGCGGCUUCAAGGGCGACCUACCCGAAGGGCGCUACAUGCGAGUCGACAACAAGAACUUCUACUUCGACAUCGGGCAGAACAACCGCGGCAUCUACAUGAGAAUUUCGGAGGUGAAGACGAACUUCAGGACGGCCAUCACCGUGCCGGAGAAGUCCUGGGCGCGGUUCCGCGACAUCUUCGCGGACUACUGCGACAAGAUGAAGGAGGGCGGUGCCGGCGGGGUCGGGAUCGGGAGCGGAAUCGGGAGCGGAAUCGGGAGCGGAAUCGGGAGCGGAAUCGGGAGCGGGAUGGGGAGCGGGAGUGGGAGCGGCAGCGGGAGCGGGAGCGGCGCCGGCCAGCCGGGCGGCGUCCUCGCCGACGGGAAGGGCUCGGUGGUGGCGCAGGUACCGUCGCCGUCCUCGACCUCGCAGCAGCCUAACCCCAACCCGAACCUAGACUCUCCUCUAAUCAAGUGAAAAAGGCUUUAACUUAACUCGAACAUUGGAAUUCUAACCGUAACUCGUUUUCAAGUCGUUAAGCGAACUAAAGGAACUCGUCGGAGUCUAUGCCAUCGCCGUCGCCGUCUCCAUCGACGGGGCCACCGGAGGCCUCGUCGGGCCGGCAGCUGAUCGGGCCCGGGGCCCGCCGAGGCCUCGCGCCCGUCCUCGGGCCCGACCGGAGCCCGACCGGAGCCCGACCGGAGCCCGACCGGAGCCCGACCGGAGCCCGACCGGGGCCCGACCGAGGACGAUAGAUGCAUAUACGCGGAUGCUCGCAUGUCUGCACAUUUGCGUUUCGACGUACCGAUGUAUCCGUGAGUGUGUAUAUAUUUAUACGUAUAUAUACAUAUCGGGGUAUGUAUGCAUGUAUCGUUCGGGUCGACCCACGAGGAGGGAUGGCCGCGAGCUUCGACCGACGUCGAAUAGACGAAUGUAGCGAGUUUCCACACCGACUAACGUUCGAAGUACCACCGUUCACUUCCCGGGGUAUAUAGAU